CGUUGGUUAAAUUUGUUUAUAGUUUAUAAAUGAAGUAAUAUAAAUAAAUAUAAUGUCAAACGAGAAACGCACCGUGUACGUUGGUGGCUUAGCCGACGAGGUUACAGAAAAGCUCUUGACCAACGCGUUUAUACCAUUUGGCGAUAUAGCAGACAUACAAAUGCCGGUAGACUUCGAGUCCCAACGCCAUCGCGGAUUCGCCUUUGUCGAGUUUGAGAUGGCUGAAGAUGCUGCAUCCGCCAUAGACAACAUGAACGAUUCAGAGCUGUGUGGACGUACAAUACGUGUCAAUUUGGCCAAACCAGUACGCGUGAAGGAAGAUAGCUUCAAACCUGUUUGGGCGGAUGACGAUUGGUUACAGAAACACGCCGGGGCGACCCUAGCACCAGAUGGCGAACCCGAAUCAGAAAACACGCCGGCGCCUCCAACGGGCCCUGCUGUUAUUGAAAAAGCAGAAAAAAGAAAUCCACAGGUUUUCUUUGACAUUCGUAUUGGUGGCAAUGAUGCUGGGCGUAUUGUUAUGCUGCUGCGUGCUGACGUAGUCCCAAAGACUGCGGAAAAUUUUCGAGCCCUCUGUACACAUGAACACGGCUAUGGUUACAAGGGAUGUACGUUCCACCGGGUGAUACCAGAAUUUAUGUGCCAAGGUGGUGAUUUCACCAACAACAAUGGUACUGGUGGAAAAUCUAUUUACGGGAAAAAAUUCAACGAUGAAAACUUUAAUUUGAAACACAACAGUUUCGGUACGCUUUCUAUGGCAAACUCUGGACCCAAUACAAAUGGCUCACAGUUCUUUAUAUGCACGACCAAAACUGACUGGCUGGACAACAAGCACGUGGUUUUCGGCCAUGUAAUUAGCGGUGCCGAUGUGGUGCGAAAAAUGGAGCGUUGCGGCACAAAAUCAGGCACUCCGGCUCAAAAGAUUGUUAUAUACGCCUGUGGCGAGCUGAAGUAAAAAAUAACCAAUAAAAAUACAUUAAUGUAUAUUUUAAGAAAA